UCAGCCCAGCAGCAAACUUCUUGUGAUCUUUCUCUUCCCCCACCCCUGCAAUUAAUACAUCUUCUGGCCUCAGGAUUUAAAACUUAUCUUCCAACACAACCCCCUCCUCUUUAAUACAAAAUUCAAUUCAGCUUCUCCAUUUCUCUCAUACAUACAUACCCUAUUCAACACUCUCUCCCUCCUCCAUAAUCAAUUCUCAAAUUAAAGAGGGUUUCUGUCCUUUUAUGUCUUCAAACAUCUGCCCUCUUAUGUAUAAAUUCCCCCUCCAGGCCAUGAAAUCCACAGCUGCAUCAGAAGCAACAAGUCUCUCAAGAUUCAUCCAGUUCUUUUUCACAUAGUUCCUGCAUGCAGUUUAAGUCUCUGUUGAAAGGGGAUAGUGAAGAGUUGGGAAGAAUGAACUACAAUUACAAAGAUGAGAGCCCAAAACUUGAGCUGAAACUCAACUUAUCCCCACCAAGGGAUCGUCGGUACAUGCUGUCACCCAAUGGGGCGAUGUCUCCAACGGAGGCAUCGCCACGAACCUCGUGUGUGUCCCAGGAAACAAGCCCGGAUGGGAACCGCCGCUACUCAAGCAGCCCAGAAGCUAGUUCUAUGAUGCUGGUGGGGUGCCCUCGGUGCCUAAUGUAUGUUAUGCUAUUCGAGGAGGAUCCCAAGUGCCCCAAAUGCAAGAGUACUGUUUUACUUGAUUUCCUGCAUGAGGACAGGUCCAGGAGACUCAAGAACUGAAGCAGUAGUCAUCUGAAUCAGCUCUUUUCAUGUAUUAAAAUCUUGGUUUUGACCACUUAUGUAGUAUUUUUCUAGGUUCUUUGCUCUGUCCCUGUCUCUCUGGUUUUCACUAAUUUUUUUUGGGUUUUCUGGUCCCCCUUUUAAUGGAACUGCCUUUGGUUGCUGAAGAAGGCAGAAGAAAAGUGAAAGACUUUAGAGGACUUUCUGUUGGCUGGUUUUUGUAAUAUUUCUAGGUGUUGUUUGUUUUCCUGUAUAAUAGCAAAAAAAUAGACCCUUUAAUGUACUUAGUGUUAUUCUCCAUACAUCUAAAAAACUCUGGAUUUUGGUUUCUAA